AAAAAUUUCCGUCCUGUAAACUGAAAAAUGAAACGAUUGAUUUUGAUCGAAAUGAGCUCGUAAUCUUGUCAAUCACAACUAGCAUUGUUCAUUCAAACUUAGAGCCUGACCUUGGUUUGGAAGGAUAACCUUAAAUUUUCUCUCAGCCCUCUUUUGAUUGAAGUUUGUUGUUAUUGUCAAUGCAAUAUAAAACUGGUCCUGAAACUCGGUUGACUUCAACACAUCAGUGAAAUUUGAGUUUUUCUACAGAUUCAUUUUUAUAGUCACAGAGAUGACACUUUUUUGACUGAGACAGGAGGACUGACGACUACUUUUUCAUUUAUCUUUAAAAAUGGCGGGACGUAAGCCAAUGGGACUAAAAAUUAAAGUGCCUGAAGAAACAGUGGCUGUGACUCCUCCACGAAAUCUUGAUAAAAAGACGACUAUAACUAUAGGUGAUAGAACAUUUGUGGUUGAAGCUGAUGAUUUGGAGAAAAUCUGUGAUCUUGGUCGUGGAGCUUAUGGCAUUGUGGAGAAAAUGCGUCACAUACCAAGUCAAACUGUCAUGGCUGUCAAAAGGAUAUCAGCCACUUUAAGUAUGCAGGAACAACAUGAUCUAUUAGUAAACUUUGAGAAUUUGCUACAUUCUGCGGGGGACUGCAAGAGCUCGCGCAUAGCAGCAACUGUCAACACCCAGGAGCAGAAGCGCCUUUUGAUGGAUCUUGAUAUCUCAAUGCGUUCUUCAGACUGUCCAUAUACUGUUCAAUUUUAUGGAGCACUUUUCCGUGAGGGGGAUGUCUGGAUAUGUAUGGAAGUCAUGGAUAUGAGUCUUGACAAAUUUUAUACUCGUGCAUAUUCCCAUCAAAGAAGUAUCCCUGAAGAUAUUUUGGGGAAAAUUACAGUUGCUGUUGUAAAUGCUCUUCAUUAUUUAUACUCAAAGCUACGUGUCAUACAUCGUGAUGUUAAGCCGUCUAACAUUCUAAUUAAUAGACGUGGAGAGGUAAAGAUGUGUGAUUUUGGUAUAUCAGGGUACCUUGUGGAUUCUGUUGCAAAGACAAUUGAUGCUGGCUGCAAACCAUAUAUGGCUCCUGAACGCAUUGAUCCAUCCGGCAAUCCAUCACACUAUGAUAUUCGAUCAGAUGUUUGGAGUUUGGGUAUAUCUCUUCUUGAACUUGCUACUGGGAAGUUUCCAUAUGCCACAUGGGGUACUCCAUUUGAACAGUUGAAACAGGUUGUUAAGGAUGAUCCCCCACGUUUGCCUUCAGGGAAAUUUACCUGUGAAUUUGAAGAUUUUAUUGAAAAGUGCUUACAAAAAGACUAUACUGCCAGACCUAAUUAUAAUCAGCUCUUGGAGCAUCCAUUCUGCAAAACACAUGCUGAACGUGUCACUGAUAUCUCACCAUUUGUUGGUGAAAUUUUGGACCUUGAAGAUGUUGUUACAUAGAUUUAGGGUAUCAUUUUGACCUUUACGAGUGUCUGUGCCAGUGAAUGUAUGAUAAUUAUUUGUGUGUAGAUAGAAGUAUUUGUGCGUAAGUAAGUUUGUAUGUGUGUCUGUAUGUUUGUGUCCAUUAGUAAUGCCUUUAGUAGGUCUAAUUGUACUGACAUGUACCCAGUGGGAUUAAUGAAUGCCCCAUGCUGUUACAACUAUUUAAUGGCAGAGUUCCUUCUGUUUUGGUUAAACAAGUGCUUAAGGUCUCCUAAUUUGAAUGUUGAGGUUAUCGUUUUAUUUUUGUUAUCUGUUGAAAUAAGAGACUUUUAUUGCUUUCCCUUCCCCCUUUUUAAAAAAUACAUCACGUGAAUGAUUAAGAAUUUUUGAAGUAACCUGUGAAGUACAAGCUUGGAGGGUCAUUUAAGUCAAUUCAGUGUUUCAUACAGAUCCUUGUUUUGUUGUGCUAUAUCUUGUGAGGCUAAUAUCUAAGGGCAUGUAUGAUUUGUAAAGGAAACAGUGCAAAAAUGUUUCCUCUGCUGCUUUACUUUAAACUCAUACAUGUUCUAUAGUAAAUAUAUUUUCAGUUAUUACAAUUUUCUCUACUAAAUUAAACUGAAGAAUUGAAGCAUGUCAGAAGUGGAAUUAUCGACUAGUUAUAUGGGAUUGCAAUACUCAUCUAGUCUUUAUGACUUACUGACUAUAAUUCAGUCACGUCAGACACCUUUCCAGUUAACUUUAUGCCUCUAUAUGUGAAUCUAUUCUUAUUUUAUUGUUUUGCCAAGCUAUAUUGAUCGAUUUUUGUUUCAAGUUUUGUGGAUUAAAUAUACCUCUUCACCCUUUACCAACAACAAUAAUUUUAAACUUUUAAAAAGAAUGUACUUGUCUAGAUUACCGGUUCUGUGUGUAUAUUUUGUGUGCCUUCUCAUCAGUAUUGUGAGAAUGUGGAUAAGGUUUGGAAGAGGAUAUAUUGUUUAACCUGGAGAGGAUGAAACCAUCUUAACCAACUUAACAUUGAACUUUAAAGCAUCUAUUAAAUUAAUUACGUAACUAUUGAAUAGGAUUAAUUCAAUCAUGGCUAUGGUUUUGCUCAAAUUCCAAUUUUUUUCUUCUACAGUUAUGAAAAUGUUUGGUAAUACUGCAUUUCUAUUGUUAUACUCUUAUCAGGAAAGCAGUCUUGUGCAAGCAGACAUAUUUUGUGUGCGCCUUUUUCUUUCAUCUGAAGUUGUCAAAUUUAAAGAAACUGCUUCUCCUCCCCCUUUUUACAGCUCUCAAUACUACUUUCCGCUUCUUCACAAUAAUAAUUUCUUUAAUGUUGCCCUUGGAAUAUGAUUCCAGUAUCCUACAGAAAGCUCUUAUAUUACUUACCGAUGUAAAAACUCUGCCCUAGUUAUGUCCAAAUACACUUUCAAAGUCAUUGAUGUCAGGCUGCUUCUCUUCAAUUAGCAGAAAAAAGCAAAAACAUGGCCUUCAUAACGAAACAAAUUCAUAAAAAUUUCUUGAGAGAUGUACCCUUUGUUAAGUAGGUCUUCCUUGUAGUAUGCUCUUUGGGGCUAACUUUUGCAAUGUAAUUAGUGAUAUUCUGGGAAAUCUAUUUUGCCCCAAAACCUUAAAAAAAUCAUUGUGUGAGGCACUAUCCUCAAAUAGAUGUUUGUGAAAUUAAACCAUCACCUCUGUUGCUGUACUUCUCAAAUAGCAAUCUGUGUGCCUAGAAAGUAAGUCAUUGAUCAUACAUCACCCUUUGUGUGUGCCAUUCAAAAAUGUCUUGUUCUACAGGCAUUCAUUGUAUGUGAUCUUGUUAGUUAUUUAACUCUCAUGAGCUUUUAUGGGGCUGCUUGGUAGUAAGAGAGUGUUUACCCUUUCACCAGCAACCUGCUAAUCAAAGAAUAACUUUGUUUAUUCAUAUACUGUACAUUAAGCUUUAUUUGCUGAUGUAAUAAUGACAAGACUGUUAGCCAUCUUAAACUUGAGCAGAAAUAAAACAAAAUGUAAAUGA